CACAUCCUUUAGCGGCACAGCGGCGGUAGUCAUUUUGAUUUCAGAAAAAGUUAUUGCCUUAUUAUUUCUCAAUAUUUUGUUGCAUUUUCAAGUUGUCUUCUGAUUUAAAAACAUUGCUAGCUUAUCACGCUUAUGAAAGAUGAGUGAUAUUGGAGAAGCUGAUCCUUUUGGUACAUUAAUUUCAAUUAUAACUUUAAGAGAACAUGAAAUUGGAAAACUAAGAAAGAGGAUUGAUGAGCUGAAAAAUCGUCUGUCAAAUAUCAAGCAUGAUAUUGAAGUGGAAAAACGUAAGGAAUUGGAAAUUUUGGAAAAGGCCAGUGAUAAUUUGAAAAGAGAAUCCGAAUUGCGCUCUAGAAUUGCGAGUUUGAAUGCAUCAAUAGAUCUGGCAGACAAACUUAAGAGUCAGAAUAUGAGAAGAAUAGAAAAAGAGAAAUUAGAAUUGGAUGAAAUGAAAAUGAGACACAAAAUAAUACUCGAAGAAAAGAGAUGUUUGUGGGAAAAGAACAAGGUGAUAUAUGAGUCUUUGAUGGGUGCGGAAGAACUUAGAAAGGAGAAAUGUGUUCUAAAGGUGCUUCAGUUCACAUUGAUGAUGAAAAAAGCUGAGAUACAGCAAUUCUGUAAAGAAGAAGCUCAGUUAAAGGACACACAAGAAAAUAUGAUCUUCAAACUUUGCUCCAAGAUUGAGGUUGCAGAAAGAGAAAGCAGUGACCUAGUCUCCCAAAUACAGGAUCAAGAGAAGAAAAACAGACUGAACAGGGAAGAAAUCGGCAAGCUGAAGGAAGAACUCGAAAAAAUGAGAAGCCACUUGCCGGUCAAUUCCCAAUCAAGAUUGAGCCAUCCGGUUGUCGCAAAAGCUUCUAAUAGAGCAUCAUUGGAAAAGGCAUCAAUCGAUCAACCCACUAAUAAAAAAAUGCGAGAGGAGUCUGUAAACAAAUGUGAUUCUCUAUCGUCAGUUCCAAAUGAAGCUGUAGGCCUAUCAACGUUCAAGCGAAUUCUGACCAACCCAUUCCAGCAGAUUGGCAACUUCUCAUCCUCUCUGUUUUCUUUCGCUAGUCUGGAGAAUAUGAAUUUUGUGCGACCACGUAAGAGAAUUGAGGAAGUUGGAGAAUCGACGAAGAGACUCAUGAUGCAAUUGGAAGAGAGCAAAAAAGCAAUAAUUGAAAGCCGACAGAGUGAACUCUCUCAGCAUUCAACUGAAGCUCGUGCAUCUUCGAGAAAUUCAAAAUCCGAUCAAGUAUUGAAGAGAAACUUGGAAGUGGACAAUACAAAUGGGAUUCUGGAGAAGAGAUCUAAUAAUUCACAAGCUGGCAGUGAGAAAAGCAAUAAUUGUGAGGUUGGUGCGCAACCAGAGUUGAUGCCACCGCCCCCUCCAGCCUUAGUGUCCCCGCAGAUGCACGAUACAGCUUAUUUCUCGCAGGCUCAGACUCAAAGUGACUGUGGCUACCAAACACAAACUCAAUCAUCAUUUGGUGGAACACAGAAUGAUCCUGAACCACACGCAAUGUAUCCUCCACAGAAUUCGCAGGCUUCAGCCAUGGACUACAAAAAAGAUAACAGAUCUGCAAAAAAGUUGCCGACACAAGAGGACAAAAGGGUUCAAUUCAAUGUUAAACUCGAGCCAAUGGAACUCUCUCAAAUGAUGAUGCAACCUAAGGAACCAACUUACAAUACCAAUCAGAAAACCAUUUCGAAAUGUGGAGAAGCAAAUCAGUUUAAUUUUUCGUCUCCACAGGACCAUGAAGAAGCAGCUGCGCAAAAGGAUACUGCUUACAAUAGCAAUUCAAUAUUCAAUCAACAAAACCGUUCAGAAAAUAACCAAACAAAAUCUUCAAUAGAACAAACGCCAAUGGAAAUCACACAACAUGCCAAUGGAGAGGGAAGCCAUGUGGUUGAAUCAGAAUAUUUCUCAUCUAAGAAGUAUGGUCAACCGAUGACAUUUGAAAGAUGUCAAGAAAAGUACAAUUCUUAUGAACAAAUGGAGUGUGAUGAUCGCAUACGAAGUCCAGAUAUGUCGUUCAUGAUGAGUCCUAUUUGCUCGCCAAUGCCAGAGGGACUGAUAUCGCCAUCGCCACCUCCACCACCUUCCACGGACAACAUUGGAAACAACAGCGGUUUCGGGUUUCAAAUGAGCAACGAGAAAAAAAGCGGAGGAUUCUCUUUUGGCUCUAACAAACCACAAGCUUCAAGUGGAGGAGCUAUCUUUAAAAUGUUCUAAACAACUGCGUAGGCUAUUGUGUAGUAAGCCCCAUUACUGGAUACGUGCAAUGCCCUAUCUGUGGGAAGACCUAGUAUUAUUGCUUAUUUACUGUAUCAAGAAGUAUAGUUAUUUUUAUUUAUUUAAUUUUUGCGUUGUAUAGUAUAAGAUAAUAAUCAACAUUCACGAAUAGAAUGAAGACAUUCAAAAGUAAUAACUUACAAUAAAUCAUAUUUAUUCAUGUGAAUUGAAUAGCUUCAAGAGCCGGGAGAGAAUAAUAUAUUUAGAAUAAUAAUAUAUUUAUAUAGAGCCGGGAGAAUAAUAUAUUUUUCUGAGCAACAUCUGAGCUUUAGUUCAAUUUUAAGUUGAUAAGAUGAUUUCAUUUUUUUAUAAGGACUUAUCGAGAAGAUAAGUAUUUCGAUUUCGUUUAAAAAGGAUUUAAAAACGUUUGGCAAGUCAAUGCUUGUACUCGUAAGAGAACAAUAUUAUUACUUUGUUUCAAAUUUUAUAAAAAAUUCUCGGCUUAAUAGUAGGUUUCAAAAUUCCAAUUGACGAAGUUCCAGAACAUUUUCUAUCAAUUAUACAAGAAUACAUUCAUUAUGAUAUGCAUAUAAAAAGUAAAAAAUCAGACUGUUCAUAAAAAGUAAAAAUUUUGACAGUCUGAUAAUAGAAUUAUGUUACAAUAUUAAUAGUUGCAAUUGUCCUCAAUUUAAUCUUACUUAUAACCUUAACUUACCAUGAAUUCAAAUGAUAUACUGUAUUCUAUGUUUUGUACAGAGAAUGGCUAUGAGAGGAGUGAUUUCAAUACGGUAUCCACAACACUAAUCCUUAA